UUGGCAAUAGAUGAGCAGUUUUCAAAAAGACUCGACAGCAAAAUGGUGGGUGUUAAGUUUGACGCUGAAAGUAAAUUGUGGUCGUGUACUGAAGAACCAAAGUGUUUGGAUCCAAAUGAGUGUUAUGGGACAUUUUUAUUGGACAUAUUGUCCAAGCAUGGCUCAAAAGUGGCUCAGAUCAAUCAUGAUACCGGAGUUAGAAUGACUUACGAUGAAUUAAGAUUGAAAACCAUUCGCGCUGCGCAAAAUUUGCAGAAAAAAGGAUUUCAAUACAAAGAUGUGUUUGCUUUUUUGGCCGUGAAUUCGGAUGAUUUGUGUCCGAUUGUGUUUGCAUCGUUCUGUAUGGGGUGCACAAUCAAUCCAUUGCAUUCGACCCUCUCGAAAAAAGAGAUUGCUCUUAAUCUCAAAAAAACCAACACAAAAGCCAUAUUUUGUGACGUUGAUUCUUACAAUUUAAUCUGCGAAGCAUUGAACGAAUCGCAAUUGAAGGUGCCGAUUUUCACAUUUGAUGGACAAAUUUCUACCUCAGAACCAGUUGAAAGUCUACUCAUUCAAACUGGAAAUGAACAUGAAUUUGUUUCCGUUCACGGCGAUAUGUUGAAUGAUAUCGCAGCGAUAUUCUCAUCCUCGGGCACAACUGGUCCAUCAAAAUGUAUUGCAUUUCCAUAUAGCAUGAUUUACUUGUCAAAGUCCAUAUUCUCAAUUAAAGAAGGCAUAUGUCUGAGUUUUGAACCAUUAUUCUGGUCGAAGUGGAUAUAUUAUGCAUUGUCAUGCAUUAUGCAAGGAUCGACACGGAUCAUAACUCGAUAUAGCUUUUCAGCAGCACUUCAACUAGAAAUAAUUGAAAAACACAAAGUGACAUUUUUAUAUAUCAUUCCAUCUUAUAUGAGUGCAAGUUUAAAAAAUGAUUUAGUUCGCACGACUGAUCUUUCAAGUGUACAACAGAUCCUAGUUUUUGGUGGUAAAGCAUCUUCAGGUAUAGUAAUUGAAACAUAUCGUUACUAUCCAAAUGCUGAGAUAAGAGCAGGUUAUGGUUUAACUGAAAUAGGAUGGAAUUUUCUAUGGGUUCUGAAUAAAAAUGGCAAAUAUAGUGCUGGAGUGUUGUGUGAAGGUGUGACCAUGAAAAUAGUCGAUGAUCAUGGAAAUCGAUGUGUUGCCAAUGUCGAUGGUGAAAUAUGCACUAAGGCGAAGUAUAAAUUAAUUGAAUAUUUGAAUGAUACAAAGGCAACUGCAGCCGCUUUUGACAAUGAAGGCUUCUUUUUAACGGGAGACAUUGGCCACUUCGAUGAAAAUGGAACAUUACACAUAACCGAUCGCAAGAAAGAUGUUUUUAAAAUAUUUCAUUUCGAAGCUCCUUUUGCACCAUCUGAAAUGGAGAGUUAUCUUAUCACAUUGCCAGAUGUUCAAGAAGUUUGCAUUGUUUGCAUUACGACUGGUACUGAUGAAAAAUUGCCAGCCGCUGUUAUUGUACGAAAUUCAAAUUCAACUUUAAGCGAACGAGGUUUCUUUGAAUUAGUUGCAAAUCACUUUCCAAAACGGGAGUGGCUUCGUGGUGGAGUCUACUUUGUUGAUUCGUUACCAAAAACUCCAUCUGGAAAAAUCAUUCGACGAAAAGUAGCCGAAUUAGCCACGGAAAUAUUCCAUAAAAGAGGAAUCAAUGAUCCUGAUAUUCAAGCGUAUAUUGCAGACAUUCCGGAAGAAUAUCACAAACUUAUUGCAAUUAGUAGCAAGAUAGCGAUUGCGAAAUAGCGAUUAAUAGCAAGACUUUUAUCUUGGAGUUCUUCAAAACAACAUUUAUUUUUGAUUUUGCUCUUACAUUCUAAUAAUAAAUCGUUUUAGUUCUUAAGUUGGUUUUUGGUUUUUAAUAAAGAAAUUAUUUUCAUUUA